AUGUUUCAAUUCCAAAUUUCACAUUCUUUACGCCAUGCUCUGAGAUCAGGCAUGCUAUCAUCGAGAAACUCAUACAGGCUAUUGGAGACAUCGGCAACUGCAACUAAGACCGGUAAGCCGGCGACUGGUAUUGUCUUCAUGAAUAUGGGAGGUCCAUCCACAAUUAAAGAGACGGGCGAUUUCCUUUACAACUUGUUUUCGGACGGCGACUUGAUUCCAUUCGGGCGUUUUCAGCCAAUAUUGGCGAAGUUCAUCUCGAGAAGACGUACACCGAUGAUUGAGGAGAGGUACAAGGAGAUCGGAGGUGGUUCUCCCAUCAGGAAGUGGUCUGAGUACCAGGCGGAGGAGGUGUGCAAGAUUUUGGACAAGACCAUGCCGGAAUCCGCACCCCACAAGCCAUACGUGGCCUUCCGGUAUGCCAACCCGCUCAUGCCUGCCACUUAUGAGAAGAUGCUGGAAGAUGGAGUACAAAGGGCGGUUGCCUUCUCGCAAUAUCCACAAUUCAGCUAUUCGACAACAGCCUCGUCGAUAAACGACUUGUACCGCGUGGCGAAGAAGGUGGACCCGGAGCACAAGAUCACGUGGUCAACCAUAGACAGGUGGCCUCAAGAGCCAUUUCUUGUGGAGACGUUUGCCCGGCACGUCAGGGACACUUUGCAAAAGUUCCCUGCGGACCAGCGGAGCCAGGUCGUGGUGCUUUUCAGUGCCCACUCGCUCCCGAUGUCGGUCAUACAGAAGGGUGACGCGUACCCGGCGGAAGUUGCCGCCACUGUGUACGCCGUGAUGGAAAAAUUGGGCUUUUCCAACCCUUACAGGCUCACGUGGCAGUCUCAGGUUGGCCCGAUGCCAUGGCUGGGUCCGCAGACAAAGGACAUUGCCAAGAAGCUUCUAGAAGGUGACGAGAAGCCAGUUCCGGGCAUAGUUGUGGUUCCAAUUGCGUUCACCUCGGACCACAUUGAGACUUUGCACGAGGUGGACAUCGAGAUGAAGGAGGAGUUGAAGCAUCCGGAGAAGUUGAUCCGGUGUGAGUCGCUCAACGGGGAUGCGAAGUUCAUCCAGGGGCUUGCCGGGCUCGUCCGGCGGCAUCUUCUGAGUGGCAAGUAUUACUCGAAGCAGUUGCCUUUGGAUUACACUUUUCGCAAGGGCAAGGAUGUGUUUGAGGACCCGGGAGAGUUCUUUGGGCCUAGAAAGUAG